UUUACUGUCUCCUCUCUUGGUGAACAUCAGUACCAUUAUGUUUCUGAACGGAAAAACUGGACUGAAGCUCAGAGUUACUGCAGAGAAAAAUACACAGACCUGGUGACUAUAGAGAGGAUAGAAGAUGUGAACAUCCUGAACAACAUUUUAAGCUCAUACAGCCACCCGACCCACUGGAUAGGACUGCAUGUAGAGAAGUGGACCUGGUCACUGGCAGAUGAGAUGUUCUACAGUGAUGGAGAGGCUGAGUUCAGGAACUGGUAUAUUGGGGAGCCACAAGACUUCACACAUAAUGAAUAUUGUGCUCUCAGUGGGAACGGUGGAAGUUGGGCUGAUUAUCCUUGUGAAAGUACCAUUCCAUCGGUUUGCUCGGAUGUCAGAGGGCAGAAUGUGACAUUUGUCUACAUAAACAUCCCCAUGACAUGGACUGAGGCCCAGAGCUACUGCAGAGCUCAUCACACAGACCUGGCCAGUGUGAGAAACAUGACAGAGAACCAGAAGGUGGUGGAGCUGAUUCCUUCAGGACAAAUUGCCUGGAUUGGUCUUUUCAGACACUUGUGGUGGUCAGAUGGACAGAUCUACACAUUUCACUACUGGAGAAACAUAACACAGAGCGGAGCUGGGGAGAUGUGUGUGCUUGCCAACUUUGCAGACUCUGGAAAAUGGAGCGGUUUUUGGUGUGAUAUGGAGUUCCCAUUUAUUUGCUACAGUCAAUCUGCCCAAAGACAUGUGAUGAAAGUAAAACUGGAAGUGAUGGAACCCAACUCUAAUCUGGACAUGGAUGACUCUGCAGUGAGAGAAGGAAUCCUGCAGCAGCUCAAACAGAAACUGGACCAAGGAGGGAACAAAAACAUCAGACUGAGCUGGAGCAAGGGGUCAGAUGGAAAAGUCUUCCACAAGGUCAAGAAGGAAACGAGGAAGAAGAGGAGCCCUGAAGGAGAGCUUUAACUCUUUCCUUCAGCAGCUGUUUGUGCCUGAUUUUAUAACCUUCCAUGCAAUGCUUCAUAACUUCUCACAGAACACUUAGUACUUAGUACUUGUACAAGUAUAACUGCUCUAUAUUAUUGGAUUGUUAAUUCUUAAGAAUUGAAGUCGAAGAAAAUGACAAGAAACAUUGAAAACACAUUUUUGAAAGAGAAGAGAAUGAAUAAAAAGCUUUUAUUUUCUUGUUGCUAUACCAAUAAAUUGGUUUUAUGUUUGCUAAAUUAAAUGUACACUGAGCUUA